AGAGAGAGAGGCACAAAAGCAAAGCAAAGCACAAAAGUUACCAAACCACACACCCUCCUCCUCUACAAAUAUAUAAACCUUUGUUUUAAUCUCAAACUCUCUCUCACUCUCUAACCGACCACUUUCAAGUUUCUAAAUUUCCCACAAAACCCAAGCUUUUGGUUUGGUUUUUUGCUUUCAGAUUCUUCCAACUGUCUCACCCCCCUCCCUUGUUUUGUUGCAACAACAGAAGACAGCUUGUUUUGUUUUGGAGCAUUAAAGUUGCAAAGAAGAGAGGAGUUGUGUUUUGUUGGGUUUUUUGGGUGUUGACUGAGUUCAGCUACCUGGUUGACUCGGACCCGGGUCAUCUUAUAUAGGUUUGGGUUGGUGAAGUUUGGGGAUAAUAGUGGAAAUGGGUGAAGCUGAGAAAGGUUCAGUGAUCAAAGAGCGGCUUAAGGGUCUUUGUGUUACUAAUGGGUGGUCUUAUGGGGUUUUGUGGCGUUUUGAUCAGAGAAAUUCCAUGUUGUUGACUAUGGGAGAAGCCUAUUAUGAAGAGCACAUGGGAGCAGUGAUUGAAAAUAUGCUUCCACAGGUCCACAUGCUUGGAGAAGGUGUUAUAGGUAAAACUGCUUUCACUGGGAAGCACCAAUGGAUGCAUUCAGAUGCUUACAAUGGACAGUGGAAUUCAUGCAAUCCCAUCAAAAGUUGUCGAGAUUUGUUUCAGGAUGAUGCCGAGUUUCGUUGCCAAUUUUCCUCUGGUAUAAAGACAAUUGCAACAGUCUCUGUGGAAUCAGGAGUAAUUCAGUUCGGUUCCACUGAAAAGAUUAUGGAGAGGUUGGAGUUUUUAGAUGAAACAAAAAGGGUGUUCCGGGAGAUCAAAAAUCUUCAUCGGCUUAUUCCUCUAGCAAGUACACCCUCAUGUUUGAACAAUGAAUCCAAUGAUCUAAAUGACUUGUUUGCUUCCUUAAUUUCAUCUGCAAACUUUCAUGGCGACGUUGCCAACAUUCUUGGGGAUAAAUCAAAAGAUGUAGGAGGAAAUUGUUUAUCUGCGAUGAAUUUACAGUCUGCAGCAUCUGAUGACAUUGGCUCAGCUGAUAAAACCCCGUGGUUUAGUACAUGGAACUCUGAUUCUUCUUUGUUGGCUUCAUAUGACUCACAUUUGGCAUCUGAUAUUGGGGUUCAGGAUUCUCUCAAGACUUGCAGAAAUACAGCUCAAGACUCAACUCUCAUUCAAGGCAGCUGCGGAUAUCAGAUGGAUUACCAGCAAUAUCUACAUGGAUACCCUGUAGAGUUUAACCGAACUGAUUGUAUUACAGAUGUUUCCAAAUCAUUUAUGGAUGAUCUUUCUCAGUGGUUUGCUGCUUCACCCGAACAGAACUUCAAUGGAAUGGCAACCACAAUGAAUGGUGACCUCUCGCAAGUGUUUGAAAGUACUUCGGUGUCACCUAGUCUGGUUAAAGGUGAUACGAUUAUCAAUGUACCAAUUGAGCAUCCAGCAACUUCUAUGCAAAGUUCCAUCACGAAUGCAUUCAGUGCUGAUGCUCAUGAGAAAUCUGUGAUCAUUCAGAGUGCUGGAAAUGAUUUGUUUCAUGGUCUGGGAACAGAUUUCGGGUGUGGUCAAGUCAGCGAUUGUUGGGAAGAGAGUAUAAUGCCAGUAGUUAGUGGUGGCUGCUUGGCUGCCAGUACUGAUUUGACCAAAGAGCCAGAAGUUGGUUCUGCGGCUGGCCCCCGGAGAGGAUUAUUCUCAGAAUUAGGACUAGAAGAGCUUUUAAAUGGUAUGAGUACUACCAGCUCUGUGACUAAAUGCAGUGUAGAAGACCAAUCAUCCACCAGGAAAAGGAAAUUAGAAAGUUCAUCUAUUGGCAGUAAUCAGGUACAGUUAGCAAGGCUUGCUGGCUCUGGGGGGAGCAUGCAUUUGACGGGACCUUUGUAUAACUUGGACAAGACAAACUGUCUUGUACCAAAGAAAGAGGUUCUCCCAAAAUCACAGGUGGGCUUAUGGAUCGAUGAUAGCUACAGUGUCAAUGCUAGAAGUGCGGCUCAAGCAAAACCACAGAAGGCUGAGGAUCACACAAAGACCGCCAAGAAGAGGGCAAAGCCUGGAGAGAGUACUCGACCAAGGCCCAAGGAUCGGCAGCAGAUCCAAGACUGUAUGAAAGACUUGAGGGGGAUGAUUCCCAAUGGUGGCAAGCAGUGUAGCAUUGAUGCUUUGCUGGACCGCACCAUCAAGUACAUGAUUUUCUUACAAGGUGUGACAAAACAUGCUGAUAAGCUUAAACAACCUCAUGAGUCAAAGCUGACUGGAAAGGAGAAUGGUGUGGUUCUAAAAGAUCAGAGCAGUAGAUCUGGUGGUAACAAUACUUGGGCGUUAGCAGUUGAGGGUCAAAAUGUGGUUUGCCCUAUACUCGUCGAGGACCUUAGUACACCUGGCCAAAUGCUUAUUGAGAUCCUCUGUGAAGAGCGUGGUUUCUUUCUCGAGUUAGCAGACGAAAUACGGGGCUUCGGGUUGAAUAUCUUGAAGGGGGUGAUGGAGAGUCGGGAGGAUAAGAUAUGGGCAUGCUUUAUCGUUGAGGCAACUAGGCAUGUAACCAGAAUGGAAGUUUUUUGGUCCCUUGUCCGGCUUCUUCAGCAAAGUGGUACCAGUGUGGUUGAUCCAACCAGUCGGCCCAGCAAUGUAGUAGACAACGGUUUUCCUCCUGUGUUGGAUAGUUUCCCGCCACGUAGUUUUCCUCCUCCCAUCAGCUUGACAUGAGAGUUGAGACACUUUUGAUUGCUGCUGGAAUACCUUGAGCAUUGCUUGCGAGGGUCUGCAAUGAUAGGUGUUUUGGUAAUGGAAAAGUUGAUUGGCUACCAUCCCAUCAUCAGUUGCCUUAGAAGUAGUUGUGAGGUGUGCAUAAUGUUAAGUAGAGAGAGAUUAGGAUGUGAUGUGCCUUCAAAAAUUGUUGGUGCUGUUUUUGCUGCUCGAGUUAGUUCCCCAAUUAGGAAAGGCUGUGCAAGGCACAGAGCCAUGAUCAUAUGUUCAAGACAUGGUGAACUAGAGUCUGCGCGGCCUCCUCUUUCUUUAGUUAGUAAUUGGGAUUUCAUGUUUAUAUCUUCAACUAGAGUAUAAACCCUGUAGUAGGUAGGCUGAUCACUGAUUUGUUUUCUUGGCCUUUCUGUUGUGGCUUAAUAUUAAUAUAGUAAUGAUGGAAUGUUGUCAGUUGUC